UUUUUGUGUUUAUUGGUUUCGCCAGAAAAUGGCCCACACUCAUAAUGUCUCAGCCCCAAAACGUCGCACCCCAAGAUGUCCCACCAACAAAAUGUCUCAUCUCAAAAUACCCAACACCGUAAAAAUGCUCAAUUUGUCGAACUAUACAUUUAAAAUAGGAGAAAUCUCAAUAAAAAAAUGUAUUUUAAAUCAUUUUGACUAA